UUUGGGAGUGGAGUGAGAGAUUUCAACCAAUCACAGUCUUAUUCAAAGUCUGUCUUGGUCUGAAAGUGUCCAAUCACAUCACAUUCAAGUCUUCUAAAAAGCAUUUUCACACAUUCAUCGCUUCCAAAAUGAUCAUUUGGGCCAUUUUGAUCUUUUGGGCUUCUGAAGUUCGACCUGAUCGCAGUGGUGAAAUUGUCUCAUUACAAACAUUCCAGCUGGGAGAUGAUGUUACAAUCAAAUGUUUCUCGACAAAAAAAAUUUUGGCAACACAAUGGUUUGGUAUAAACAGAGCACUGGCCUGAUACCUCGUCUUAUUGCAUUGUCAUACAAUUAUUGGAAUAAUAUCCAAUUUGAGGAUGAAUUCAACAAUGGGAGAAUCAGUAUUUCAGCAACUGAAGAUUCUUUUCACCUCAACAUCACAGCUAUGACCAAGGAGGACACUGGAAAAUACUACUGUGGGAUAGUUUUCUUGAAUAAAAUAAAUUUUAUUUCUGGAGCACAUCUGAUGCUAAAAGGCAAUGAAUCUAAAUACUUUAAUAAGGGAUGUGAUGAGAGAGCAGUUGUGAAUGGAACCACUUUCAAAAAUACUGAUAGCAAUAAUCAGAAAGUAUGGGAUCCUGUGUUACUUUGCUUAAUAUCUUUCAAUGUUGUGUUUGUGAUAAUAAUAUUCACAAUUCUGGUUGAUUAUUGUAAACGCUGGAGGAAAAAGCAAAAAGGAUCUAAAAAUGCAGCAUCUCCGUCAUAUGAGAUUGGAGAUUCAGAUGUAAAUUAUGCUGCUGUGAGUUUUGCCUCUGCCCCUCCAGCCAGAAGAUCAAACAACAGACAUCUGUCUGAAUACAGUGAAGUGAACUACAAGCUGAGAGAUCACAUGCUUUAACAGUGUUUCUU